GUCGAAACAUUGUUAUCAACUGCCAAAUUUCAGGAUAAUUGAAGCCUGAAUUGUCACAUGCACGAGGAGAAUGACGAAACAAAUGAACCUGAAGGAUCGAAGACGCCAGUAGAGAGAAAGGAAGACAGUUUUGAAGAAGAAAGUCAUUCCAGUCAAGAAUCAUCUUCCGAGCAGCAGUCUGAAGCUGGUGAUGAGAACAAGGAGGAAGUUGAAGGAUCUGACGAAGAACCGAUUGAUGAAGACGUUAUUGCACAAGCAGUAGCUCGACGGAAUACCGAAAAGAACAGAAUAUUACGAGAUUGUGGGGUUUUGCUCGUGGCAACUGCAGCACUGGCAAUUAUGAUAUACCUGCUGCUUACUUUGUUGGGACUAUCCAUGCCAUCCCGCCCUUUGGUAGUAUCAAAAGGAGCUGCCAAACCUUUUUUCCACGGUGUACACAGAAAACUUAUCCAGGACAAUUAUGACGGCACGAUUCGGUUAUCUGGAAACCAAACAAUGUCAGUAAUUCUUCUUUACUCUCCGUACAGCAUCAGGUCAAAAUGGUUUCGAGAGGAAUACUACACAACGGCGAGGAGACUUAAAAAACUACACGGGAACCUUGCCCCAUAUUUCGGAGCUACUAACUGUUUCGACCAAAACUCUUACUGUCGGCGAAAAUACAACUUGAAACAGUAUCCAGCAAUGAUGGCUCAGAACUCCGCUUUGAUGGGCUCUGUGUACAACGGACCAUUGGACUCGGUUUAUGUUACCCGGUGGCUGAACCGUUUGCAAAAUGGCGUUUUUCGUCUGCAAUCCGCUCAAGAUUUAACGACCCUUUCGAAAAAUCAUGAUUUAUUAACGAUUUUAUACUUCAAAAUCAAGACUCCACCUCAAAAGUUUCAAUCAGCAUCAAAUUUUUCGAAGUUGGCAUACCACUAUCUUGACGGAGAUCCAAACACCGACCGGACGAUAUUCUGCAUUGUGACGGACUCCCAAUUAGCUGCUCAAUUACAACUUCACAAUGAGCAUGACCUUGUUUUAGUGAGCUCUGAGCUAAAACUUCUGACAACUCACUAUAAGGGAUGGGUGAUGGAGAAUGUGCACAAGGACUUGGUCAAGUUCUCACAAGAAGCUGCGAUGAAAAAUGUGGAAUUUUUGAAUUUAGGUCGACGAUUCCAUUCCACUCAGCUUGCCGAAAAGUUCAAUCAAGGAUCUGUCCUGAUGUACUUCACACGAGAUUUGAAUUAUGGAAAUGCAAAAUAUAAAAUGUUCCGGGAAAUCGCUCAAGAAUACCGGACGUGUCCUGAAAAAGAUUUUAUAUCUGUCGACAGUGAGACCCCGGACAACUUUGACCUUGAUUGCUCAACAAGUUUGAAAGGAAUUUUAUGCGAGGCAAACAAUACUCUUUCGUUCAUGAUGAUCGAUUCAAAGAUAGAAAACGCACUUGCAGCAAAAUAUGGAGCGGACCGGGAAGAUAUGGUUGUUGCAAUUAACUCAAAACAAGAAAUAACCCGCUACAUUAAAUCUAAUAUCACAAGAGAAUCUAUCAAUUGCCUGAUUCGCCAGCAUCACAAUUCCGCGGACAACUCGUUUGUAACUGAGUCAACUGAAAUCAUCACUACAAAAACGGAAACUCCAAAAGAUAUACAUGCAGAUGCGGUUGGAGAAUCGUCGUUUGUAAAAUUUGUAGAUUCUACAGCCGAGCUUCUUUUGAGUAGAAAAAUUAACGUUAUUCUAUUUAUGGGAGGAAUUUGGCAUAGCGCAUCAAGUUCUGCAAUCGCUCCAUUUCAUCUCGUUGCCAAUCACUUCAAGGAGUCUAAGAAUUUAAUCGAUUUUUCAAUAGUCGACGUUUCUGAGACCAAACUUCCUUACAAUCUCAAUUUUGAUCAACUUCCAAAGAUUCUAAUCACCAGCGCUGACAGAAGUAAUACUUAUAUGUUCCUAAUAAAAGUAGUUUUGUUCCAAAACAGCUCCGAAGCGUCAAAUGCAAAAACUUUUGUGCUUUUAAGCAUUGGGUUGAGCUGGACCUACCCCGAAGAGUUUAUGAUCAAUCACACCAACAUUGCGCGAUUUGUUCUAACAAGGCCCGGAAAAAUAUUCGGACGGUUGCGCUGGAUGGAUUCAUGUCAGGGUACAUGCCGAAAACGAGCACAACGGGAAAUGCGAGACGAUCGAUUGCAGCUCAAACGGCGUUUGGGCCGAAAUGUGGCGAACAGUGUGAGACAACGAGUAUUACUUGGGUACUAUGACCGGAUGCUUCGAAUGAUAAGUUAGUAUAUUUCGAUUAGUAUUGUUUUGUAUUUUUAUUUUCCGGGUUUUCAAUUUCUUCUGUGUCCAACUGUUGUUGAUCAUUUCUUUCAUUCCUUUUCCAUUUUUAGACUGUUUUGUCGCAAUAAACUGUUGUUAUUA